AUGCCUGUUUCCGCGUUGGCCCUGCCGAUUGGCGCUAAGUCUCACCAACCAGCAGCGGGUGAAUUUAUGGGCCGAGAAGCGGAAGGUAGUGUACCAUGCGGGUCUAUACACAGGCGAUUUACCGGUCUUACGAGGUUUUCUACUUUGUAA